AGUUGCUGGAGGGGUUCAUACUUCCGCCGUAAGGAGCGCAUGCUGCGCAUCUCCAUCCGCCACAUGGUCAAGUCCCACGCCUUCUACUGGAUCGUCCUGGGUCUGGUGGCUCUUAACACUGUGUGUGUUGCCAUCGUCCACUAUGACCAGCCUCCAUGGCUCUCCAACUUCCUUUACUAUGCCGAAUUCACCUUUCUGGGUCUCUUUCUCUCCGAGAUGUUUCUAAAGAUGUACGGCUGUGGUCCUCGACUGUAUUUUCACUCCUCCUUCAACUGUUUUGACUGUGGGGUUAUUAUCGGCAGUAUAUUUGACGUGGUAUGGACGGUAAUUCGGCCAGAAACAUCAUUUGGCAUCAGCGUGCUCCGCGCGUUGAGAUUACUCCGAAUUUUCAAGAUCACAAAGUACUGGGCAUCUUUGCGGAACCUUGUAGUUUCAUUAAUGAGCUCGAUGAAAUCCAUCCUCAGCCUCCUGUUCCUUCUCUUCCUCUUCAUUGUUGUGUUCGCUCUGCUGGGAAUGCAGCUGUUUGGUGGUCAAUUCAACUUCGAAGAAGGUACACCUCCAACCAACUUUGACACCUUUACUGCUGCGAUCAUCACUGUGUUUCAGAUCUUGACGGGCGAAGAUUGGAAUGAGGUGAUGUACAAUGGAAUAAAAUCGCAAGGAGGCGUCAACUCAGGAAUGUGGUCUUCUGUAUAUUUCAUUGUCCUCACACUCUUUGGAAACUAUACUCUGCUGAACGUGUUUCUGGCAAUCGCGGUUGAUAAUCUGGCUAAUGCUCAGGAGUUGACAAAGGAGGAGCAGGAAGAGGAGGAAGCCAUUAACCAGAAGCACGCCCUGCAGAAGGCCAAGGAGGUCAGCCCCAUGUCAGUCCCAGGCUUUCCCUCAACAGAGAGAGAGUUUCGGAGGCAUAAGCACAUGUCCAUCUGGGAGGCCAGAACCAGUCAGCUGAGGAGACGCAUGCAGAUAAGCGGCCGCGAGGCUCUGUUUGCCGAGGCGCUCCAGGGGCUGGAGGGGAGCAGGUAUCGCAGGCACCGCUCCAGGAUCUUCGAGGGUGAAAGUCUCCGGCGUCUGGGCGACCAGCAGGUCGAUCAACUUGGAGAGGGCGGCAAUCGAGAUGCCUUCAAGAGCCGUUCGCUCCGCAACAACUGGCAGCCGACCGGGGCGAACAAGGAAGGUUCCUCGCUGAAACUGAAUGGGGAUCAGGACCACAGGCAGAGCCUGGCACCAGUCCGGAGCGUGGAGGCUGGGGAGAGCUUCAGGAUGGCCGAACCGGUGAGGGUCAAGAGGAGAUACAGGUCUCUCUACAAGGAAGCCAAACUGGGGCUGGACGAGAGUGCAGAGACCACGCUGAGCCACCGCGUGGGCAAGAGCAAGGAGGAGGGGCUGUUGCAGAGGCUGCCCGAAGAACAGGAAAGCAGCCAGACAACUCCUGGCCCCGAGGAGAGGGAUGCUGAGCAACAGGUGGCCUUCUCCUGGCAAGGACGGCCACAUACAAGCACAAAUCGGAAUCUUGAUUCGGACACUAGCCUAAUGGGUAAGCAACUGGAAAAGGCCAGCACCAGGGGGACCGAGAGUGGAAAAGUGGACAGCGCAAAGAACAGCAAGCAGGUCAAUGAACAAACCAGCCUGUUAAACUUGCAGCUGGAUCUGCAAAUCACUCAACCUUCAAGAGGAGAGAAGGACCUGACCACCAGUCCCAGGGACAUAGACCAAGACAAGACUCGGGAACAGACAGAGAUUGAUGUAGACUGCGAGAACACAGAGACACCCAUGGAUUCCCUUGUCACACCAGGAAACACAUGCAGCAGCAGUAGUUCAGUGAAAGACGAAGAGAAAAAGUCCAAGUCGAUUAUGCCGUACAGCUCCAUGUUCCUUUUCAGCACGACCAACCCGGUUCGCCGGGCAUGCCACUUCAUUGUCAACCUACGCUACUUUGAGAUGAGUAUCCUCCUGGUGAUCGCAGCCAGCAGCGUAGCUCUAGCGGCAGAGGAUCCCAUCAACAAAGACUCCUCUCGGAAUCACAUGAUAGACAUUGGUUUGAUUUUCCAUGAAGGCUCGUAUUUCCGUGACGUUUGGAACAUUCUGGAUUUCAUCGUAGUGAGUGGAGCACUGGUUGCAUUUGCGUUCACGGGAUCCAGUGGGAAGGACAUCAACACCAUCAAGUCCCUGCGUGUUCUUCGUGUUUUACGGCCAUUAAAGACCAUCAAGCGACUCCCAAAACUGAAGGCAGUGUUCGACUGCGUGGUGACAUCACUGAAGAACGUGUUUAACAUUCUGAUAGUCUACAAACUCUUCAUGUUCAUCUUCGCAGUGAUCGCCGUGCAGCUCUUCAAGGGCAAGUUUUUCUACUGCACAGAUAGCAGCAAGAUGACCAAACAGGAAUGCAGAGGCCAGUUUGUACUGUAUGAGACAGAGAAUAAAAUUGUUGAUCGAGAAUGGAAACGCUACGACUUUCAUUAUGAUAAUGUUGUCUGGGCUCUACUGACACUGUUCACUGUCUCCACUGGAGAGGGCUGGCCGCAGGUGCUGCAGCAUUCCGUGGAUGUGACGGAGGCUGAUCAAGGACCCAUCCCAGGGAACAGGAUGGAAAUGGCCAUCUUCUACGUUGUAUAUUUUGUCGUAUUCCCCUUCUUUUUCGUCAAUAUCUUUGUGGCCUUGAUAAUCAUCACCUUCCAGGAGCAAGGAGACAAGAUGCUGGAGGAGAGCAGCCUGGAGAAAAACGAGAGAGCGUGUAUCGAUUUUGCCAUCAGUGCCAAGCCCCUGACAAGAUACAUGCCGCAGAACCGGCAGACCUUCCAAUACAGAGUUUGGCACUUCGUGGUGUCGCCUUCGUUCGAGUACACCAUCCUGACCAUGAUUGCGCUCAACACUGUGGUCCUCAUGAUGAAGCAUCAUUCUCCUCCGCCGGGCUUCGUGAGUGUGCUAAAGCUGAUGAACAUUGCCUUCACUGUCACUUUCACACUCGAGUGUAUCCUCAAAAUCAUUGCCUUUGGAUUCCUGAACUACUUCCGAGACUCCUGGAACGUGUUUGACUUUGUGACGGUCGUGGGCAGCAUCAGUGAAAUUAUUGUGACAGAAUUCAAUCUGAAGUUUGUAAACCUGAGCUUCCUGAAGCUGUUCCGUGCCGCCCGGCUCAUCAAGCUUCUACGCCAAGGUUACACCAUCCGCAUCCUCCUCUGGACCUUCGUGCAGUCCUUCAAGGCUCUUCCAUACGUCUGCCUCCUGAUUGCAAUGCUGUUCUUCAUUUAUGCCAUCAUCGGCAUGCAGCUUUUUGGAAAUAUCGGCCUGGAUGACCAAACCCCCAUCAAUCGACACAACAACUUCCACACCUUCUUCAAUGCGUUGACGCUGCUGUUUCGGAGUGCGACGGGGGAGUCGUGGCAGGAGAUCAUGCUGGCUUGCCUGAGUGGGAAGGAGUGUGAGGGGACCAGGGAGCCCAGCUGCGGCACAGACGUCGCCUACUUUUACUUCGUCUCCUUCAUAUUCCUCUGCUCAUUUCUUAUGCUGAACCUGUUUGUGGCGGUCAUCAUGGAUAACUUUGAGUAUCUGACGCGGGAUUCUUCCAUCCUGGGCCCACACCACUUGGACGAGUUUGUGCGGGUCUGGGCAGAGUACGAUCGGGCUGCGUGCGGUCGAAUCCAUUACACUGACAUGUAUCAAAUGCUGACCCUCAUGUCUCCACCGUUGGGUCUGGGGAAGAAAUGUCCUUCGAAAGUUGCUUACAAGAGACUGGUACUGAUGAAUAUGCCUGUCAGCGAGGACAAGACUGUUCACUUCACCUCCACGCUCAUGGGCUUGAUCAGAACCGCACUUCAAAUCAAGCUGGCCAGAGGUGGGGCAGACAAGCAGCAGCUGGAUGCAGAGCUGCGCAAGGAGAUCAUGACAAUUUGGCCGUACCUCUCGCAGAAGACACUGGAUCUCUUGGUUCCCAUGCACACCUAUUCGGACUUAACAGUUGGGAAAAUCUAUGCUGCCAUGAUGAUCAUGGAUUACUACAAACAGAGUAAAAAUAAAAAGUAUCAGAUGCUGCAGGAAGAGCAGAGCCGAACGCCCAUGUUCCAGCGGAUGGAAGCUUCCACUCUGCCUCCGCAGAUUAUCUCCAGCACUAAGGGUCUGCCCUUUCUGCAGGCGGACAGAGGACCUGACUUGGAUAGCAGGAGUGAAUUUGCCCCAUUGGUACCUUUGCCCCCAGUCAUGUUCCAGCAAGGCCGAACUUCAGGUCAAGGGGAAGAAAUCCACAACCAACGGCCAAAGGAACUAAAGAAAGUUAAGGUGGAAUAUCCUCAUUAUGGUCACUAUCUCCCCAUUGAAAACCAGGGCCGGGCAGUGUCCAUGCCUCGACUGGAAACUGAGUCAGAGUCUGCGGAAGACCCAAGCCCAAUGAAGCGAUCCUUCUCCACAUUUGCUGCCAACCAGUCAGACAGCAGCUGGCUCAAUGAAUACUCACUGGAGAGAGCUGGUCCGGAAGAUCUCUACCAAAAAUGGAGCCGAAGACCUCUGAGGUCGUCCAGCAGAUCCUCAAAUGCAGGCAGCCGCGAGCGAGGCCGUUCCAAGGAGCGAAAGCACCUGCUGUCACCAGAGAGAUCCCUGUGCAACUCGAGCGAGCGGCCUCAGCACCUGCAGCACAGGUGCCACGACCAGAGGCUGUCCCGCUCUCCCAGCCCAGGCCAUUCACACUGUCUGCGGGAACAGGUUAACAGUUCAGUGAAUGAGACCCCGAUGCCCUGCACGUCUGCAGCCAGCACGCCCAAGCAGGGACGGAGACAGCUCCCGCAAACGCCCACCACCCCACGGCCACACAUCUCCUACUCGCCCGUGGCGCAGUGCCCCGACACCCUGGCGCCCUCCUCCGUGCAGGCCAGCCCGAGGAGCAGGGAGGCUCGCUACCAGUCGCUGCGGAUCCAGCCCAGCAAGACCCUGUGGAGCGAGUCGCCUGGCCUGAGCAAGAAGAGCGAGAGCCAGCACUCGACGCCGCUGCGCUACAUCUCGGAGCCAUCGUUGACCCUGCACGAUGAGCUGGGCAGCCUGGACCAGGCGCUGGGCGAGGAGACACUCACCUUCGAGGCGGCCGUGGCCACCAGCCUCGGGAGGUCCCACACCAUCUCCUCCGCCCCACCCAUCAGACACUCCUGGCAGCUGCCCAACGGCAGCUACCGCAGCCGGGCGGCGCGAUGCGGAGCCACCACUCUCGCCGACCCCUUCACCGACACCGACGAGGAUGACAAGUGCUAGACCAGGCGAGGAGGCAUGAUGUGGGGGGUGGGGGGGACGGACAGGACAGGGGGCGGGAGAGGAAGCAGCGUGGGGGCACAUGGAUACGUCUGUGGCAUCCUUUCCACACGCCUCCAGAUGUUGCUGGAGCACAGUCUCCAAAUGUAGCAGGUGAAGGAUCAGCCUCCCCGCCAGCCCCACUGAGCCACAAGCAUCAACGAGACAAGGUCCGUGUUGACAUCGACCCGCCGCGCUUGGACAAAGGUGACAAGUGGAGAGUUUUGCGAUGAAGGAACUUUGCGCUCUGGCCGAGGAAGGUGCCCUGGACCAGUCUCAUGCGUCCUUCCAUCUUGUACGUUUGCUGACAGUGGUUGGCAGGGAGAGAGUCCCUCCCAGACCCCCAGGUCGUGCAUUGCUUGAAACCCCCCCCAAAAAACUGCCACCCCUCCCCUUCCCCUUCCCCUGGUGUGGGAGGCAGCAACAGUGACCCUUCGCCUUCCCCCCCCCCCCCCCUCAUGUUUUUGACACCUUUUAUCUUUGUAUUUGAAAAUGUUCUCUUCUUUCUGAAAAUCUAAACCAAAAAAAGAGGCUGGGUUGUACAAAUAUUGUCACGGAUUUCACGGAAACUGCAACUGUGUUUCCAGCUGUGUCUACAGUAGACCCAGACAGAUGUUUCCAGUUGUGGCCACAACAGGACCAGACAGAUGUUUCCAGCUGUGUCGACAGUAGAGCCAGACAGAUGUUUCCAGUUGUGACUUCUUUGCAGUCCGUUGUCGAAUAAUUUGAAAGUUCCAAGCAUUUCUGGAAUGUACAAAGACCACAUGAAAUCACAGGUGCUGCAAUGAUGCCAUGUCCGAUAUGCUUUAAACGGAGAAGGUAGAAACGUUUUACUUGUAAAUAACUACACUUCAUCUUCCUCACUUCCCUGCAAUCUAUUUCCUACUCCCUGCCUGAAAGAUUGCCCCUCGUGUGCUUCUAGUAUGAUGCAUGGAGUUUGGAAAAGUUCCGUCAACCUAUUUGAGAUCAGUGACUGACUUACUGGCAUGUGAUUGAGAUUUUAAGAGGUGUUUUGUUUUCUUUUCCAAUAUAUGAAACAUGUUUAAAUAAGGCGCUUGAUUUUUAAUGCAAGAUGACCACCUCGCUCACUGGAUUGCAGCACAGUGUCAUUGACUGAAGCUCAGCCAUUGAGUCUUGCCUUUUUAACAUUGUACCUUUUGGCACUGCAAUGGCUCUUUACAAAGUGUAUUGUGUGGUAUUGACAAUCAGAAUGCUAAAAGUUGUUUGCUUUGUUCUGGAGCUUUAACUUUUAUGUCCAAAUAAAUUUUACAAAAGCCUUCACCAAGUGAUGGAGUUGUGGUUUGAAAGUGAUCCCUAUUGCCUCCCUUCCUGUGAGGCCGGGUGCUGUGGCC